AUGCCCGACACUCUGGCGCUCCUCCGCAACCGCUCGGAGGAGCCGCGAGCCCCGACCGGCGAGGAGGGGGGCGGCCGGCCCGCCUGGGUCAUCGGCAUCCUGGCCAGCGUGCUCAUCUUCACCACCGUGGUGGACGUGCUGGGCAACCUGCUUGUCAUCAUUAGUGUCUUUCGCAACCGCAAGCUGAGAAACGCAGGCAACGUCUUUGUGGUGAGCUUGGCCUUCGCCGACCUGGUGGUGGCGUUCUACCCGUACCCUCUGGUCCUCUACGCUCUUUUCCAUGACGGAUGGGCGCUAGGCAACACUCAAUGCAUGGUGAGUGGCUUCCUCAUGGGCCUGAGCGUCAUCGGCUCCAUCUUCAACAUCACAGGCAUCGCGGUGAACCGCUACUGCUACAUCUGCCACUCGUUCUCCUACAGCCGUCUGUACAGCUACCGCAACACGCUACUCUUGGUGGCCUUAAUAUGGCUGCUGACCGUUGUGGCCAUCGUGCCCAACUUCUUUGUGGGAUCACUACGAUACGACCCGCGCGUCUACUCGUGCACCUUCGCCCAGAACGUCAGCAGCUCCUACACGGUGGCCGUGGUGGUGGUGCACUUCCUGGUGCCCAUAGCCGUCGUUACGUUCUGCUACCUAAGGAUCUGGGUGCUCGUCAUUCAGGUACGUCGCAAAGUCAAGACGGAAGAAAGCCCUCGCUUGCGCCCGAGCGACAUGCGCAACUUCAUCACCAUGUUCGUGGUCUUCGUGCUGUUCGCCAUCUGCUGGGCGCCGCUCAACCUGAUCGGGCUUGCGGUGGCGGUGGCACCUACUCGCGUGAUUCCACUCAUCCCCGAAUGGCUCUUCGUGGUCAGCUACUUCAUGGCCUACUUCAACAGCUGUCUCAACGCCGUCAUCUACGGCCUGCUCAACCGGAACUUCCGCAAUGAGUACAAGCGUAUCGUCACAUCCGUGUGGGUGACGCGUCUCUUCGUCACGGAGACGUCGCGGGCCGCCACCGAUGGCCGCAGCAUGCGUAGCAAGCAGUCUCCGCCGCCACCGGCGCAGCCGCCGCUCAAUAACAACAAUUCGGCGAGGGAUCGAGCAGACGACAAAGACUGA